GCUUCGUCGGAGUUUAAAAUGCAAUUAUUGUGCACCCAGCAGCAGGGCUCAGGACUCAGCUACACAGCCAGGGCUAGCCAAGUUUCUAAGCGAAAGCAGACAGCUGAGCACUUUUCACUUUUCGUCUCUCAAGACCUGAUUUGCGUGUUCUACCGCUUAUAGAGAAAAAUCUUUGUGAGGUGGAUGUUUUGAACUAUCAGGACAUGUACUAGUCUCCGAAUUGAGGAUGCCAUGGAAAGAGAAUCCAGUGAGGAGCAAAUCUGGGAAUCCGCCAUCUUCCUGCCCAGUCGCUACCUACGCCUUCCUUGCCGGCUGCUGCGCCUUCCUUGUCGUCAGCAACUCCGCCCUUGUGAAACUGCUGAUCCUGAGGCCGUGAGAUGGAGAGCAAAUAUAAGGAAAUACUGUUGUUGUCCGGCCUGGACCAUAUGACAGAGGAGGAGCUGAAACGGUUCAAAUUCUUUGCUGAAGAUAAGUUUUGUAUACCCAGGAGUGAACUGCAGGGUGCAGGCAGGACAGAGUUAGCUGACCUGAUGAUUAAACGGGCAGGUGCGAAGUCUGCAGUGGAACAGUCCAUUGAUAUUUUCCGUACGUUGAAGUAUAUGAAGAUUGCAGAGUUGCUACAGAAUGAAAAGAAAAAAGUUGAAGGUAAACCCAUGAUAAAUACAAAGAAAAAUACACAUACAAAAAAGAAAAAUAUAGAUACAAAAAUGAAAAAUACAAAUAUAAAGAAGGUUACAAAUACAAAGAAGAAGGUUACAGAUACAAAGAAGAAGGUUACAGAUACAAAGAAGAAGGUUACAGAUACAAAGAAGAAGGUUACAAAUACAAAGAAGAAGGUUGCAGAUACAAAGAAGAAGGUUACAAAUACAAAGAAGGUUGCAGAUACAAAGAAGAAAGUUACAAAUACAAAGAAGAUAGAUACAAAUACAAAGAAAAGAACACAGAAUGUAAAAGAAAGAAGUCAAGCUAAAAACUGUUCUAUUGCCUCUGCCACCAGCAGAGACAAACAGUCUGCUGUAAAAGUCUCUCCUCAAGAUAAGGUCACAAGCCUUGGGACAUGGCCAGGGCAGCAAGCCGGAAGUACGAGCUUCUCUGGUGGGAAUCCCAGUGUUGUUGGCUUCCCGGCAUCAGAUGAAAUUCUAAAUCAAAUGUUCUGCCUCUCCCGAAAUGUCAGUGUCCAUUUGGGAGUCAUGUAAAACAAACUCUGAAGGAUAUGGUGGAACAUGACACAGAUGGGUUUCCCCAUAAGAAAACUCUUAGGCAUAUGAUAGAUCAACUUUAACAAUAGAUGGCUUCAGGGGCUCAGGGCUCCCAGAGGGCCACUGCUUUCAUGAACCCUGCAGGGGCCGGGUAUGGGGUAGGUCGGGUGGAGGAUGGGGAUGG